AUGUUACCUUCAUCUUGGGGUCCUCUUCCAGUCAUUGCCUCAUGUAUUCCUUCUCUUCCGUGAAGACACUGCGUCAAGAGUACGGAACAGAAUCACGGUGAUUUUAUAUCAUGCAAAAUGACACGGCUCGUAUCAGACACAGCGCAUCAGACAAAACAGCAGGAUACUGCAUUAUACGACACGAUGUGUACCGAACUAUAAAAUUGUUUCUCUCUGUUCGACAAGUACCGAAUUCUGUGAGAUCUCCAAUUUAUUGGUUUGUUAUCAGUAAGGAGUUAAUUUAUUUAACAAUGUACAUUUCUUUUUUUUUAUAA